AUGCGGGAAAUCUACGAGCUCGCAACUGAUCACGCUUUGGCCGCAACGACGGCGAUAUCGAAGUUGAAUCGCAAGGUUCUCGGGGCUAUGUCUCAUCAAAACAACUCACGACUAAAUGAAACCCUGCUAGGCCAGUUUGUGGCAUCGUUAGGUGCCGAUAUAAAUGCAGAGCUCGUGUCAAGGGUGACAUUUCAAUACCAGGAACAAUCUGAGCGACUACAUAGGGAAGCUGCGGAAGCCCUGGCUGCCAAUACGCUAUUCGCACUUAAGGUGGAAUCGACCAAGAAAGAAUUAGUUGAUCAAAGGGCAAAGAGAAGGCGAGCAACAUCGGAGACAGAGAAGCCCUUAGUAAUUCAUCGUGACUUGGCAGACCCGUCUCGGUUGGGACUUCCAAAUCCAACUGGACACGCAGCAUCAAAUGACGGUAAAAUCAAAGGACCCUCAGUUUAUAUGGAUUUGGACUUUUCGAAUCUCGAGAUGCGCCUUUUUGAGCUUUAUCCAUCUCAUGGAUCGGACAACAUCCGAGGGGCUUUUCGUUGUGCUAAUGUGUCGUCCUGUCCGGACUACACAGCCCUUUCGUACACUUGGGGAGACGACACAAAGCUUCGACAAAUUUACUUUCAGAAUGGGACGGAACUCGGCAUCCGAGAGAAUCUGUGGCUUUUCCUCCGCGAUCAAAGUAUGCUGAUCAGUCAACCAAAACUGUUCUGGAUCGAUGCCAUAUGUAUCAACCAAAGCAAUAUCCACGAGCGAAACCAUCAGGUUAACCUGAUGAGACAGAUAUAUGCCCGAGCUGGACAUGUUAACAUCUGGCUCGGACAAGAGGAUGACGAUAGUGACAUAGCAAUGGAUUUCCUUGCUUGUCGCGCGAAACAGAAACUAAAAUGCCGAGGUUUGGGAUAUCGCAGUCCAUGGUCCAGACAAGAAGGAAGGGCGCUGAUGCAUCUCUGUAAUCGACCCUAUUGGCGAAGAAUGUGGAUCAUUCAAGAGAUUAUCUAUGCCAAAGACAUCACCAUCUGGUGUGGCAGUAAGAGCUGCGAGUGGAGUGCUGCCGAAAGUCUCUAUCUGAAGAUGAAGUCUUUAGAGGAUGAGAACUGGCAGACGCAUCAUGAAUAUGUUGUUCAGGUGUUACAGAGCUCUGCAGCUGUGAUGAUAUGGCAGCGUGCCCAUUGGCGACAUCCCGAUACCACAGCACCCUCAUUACUGACUUUGAUCAACAUAUUUCAGGAUUGGCAGUGUACUGAUAUUCGAGAUAAAGUUUACUCCUUGGUCGAGAUGGCUAGCAAAGAUACAGCCGUCACUCCUGAUUACUCACUUUCAGCUCAUCAACUCUAUCACGAUGUGAUCGACAAGAGCAACGGCCCAAGAUCGUGUGGUGUUCUUUCUCAAAUUCUAGGUAUUCCUGCCGACGACUUGAACAUAGAUAAGCCAGAUUUGUAA